AUGUCCUUUGUGGGCGUAUUCUUCCCAUUCCACCGCCCGCACCAUGGAACAGACUUUGCCCAGCAGUGCCGUCAGGUCGACCCUCUCUUCCCAGGCCAGAAAAGCCCCGCUCUGGACUCGAUGGAUGAGUACCUCGCCUCCCCCCAGUUCCUCAACGCCAGCGUGCCCCGUCUGGCCGGCGCCGUGCAGAUCCCGACGCAGUCGUAUGACACCAUGGGCGCCAUCGGCGAUGACGCGCGCUGGGACGUCUUCUACGACCUCGCGCAGUAUCUGGAGCAGACGUUCCCGCUUGUCUACAGCACGCUGCAGCUGGAAAAGGUCAACACCCACGGGCUGCUGUACACCUGGGAGGGCUCGGACGCGAGCCUGAAGCCGACCGUGUUCAUGGCGCACCAGGAUACCGUCCCUGUCGAGCUGUCCACCAUUGAGCAGUGGACGCAUCCACCAUGGAGCGGCGAAUUUGACGGCAGCUUUCUGUGGGGGCGUGGUUCCUCUGACUGCAAGAACAACCUCAUCGGGAUCCUGGAAGCGGUCGAGUUGUUGAUUGACGCUGGGUUCAAGCCCAAGAGGUCCCUGGUGCUGUCGUUUGGCUUCGAUGAGGAGAUCUCGGGUGCCCAAGGCGCUGGUCAUCUCGCGGAGGCCAUUCUGGCCAAAUAUGGCAAAGACGGAGCGGCUAUCAUUGUCGACGAGGGUUCAGGUCUGAUGAAACAGUUUGGAACCGUUUUCUCCUUGCCUGCAGUUGCAGAGAAAGGGUAUAUUGACGUUGAUGUCAUCGUCCGAAUGCCCGGCGGCCAUUCCUCCGUGCCCCCGAAACACAACGGCAUCGGUGUCAUGGGCGAACUCAUCACGCAUCUCGAGGCCAAUAUUUAUGAGCCUCGUAUCUAUGAUGAGAAUCCCACGCUGGGUCUGCUGCAGUGUGGUGCUGCGUUCGCGCCGGAUUUCCCACACAAGCUGAAGAAAGAGCUGCGGCAUCGCAUUUCCGGCGAUGCUGCCGUGUGCCACAAGAAGGACAGGCUGGCGCUGGAGGCGGCCAAGAUCUCAGACCCGUUCAAGUACUUGUUCACGACGUCCCAGGCGGCAGAUCUCAUUGGCGGCGGUGCUAAGAUCAACGCCCUGCCUGAGCGGACUGUGCUCACCGUCAACCACCGCGUCAAUGUCGGCGGCCAUACUUCGGAUGUCAAGGCGCAUAUCACCGAGAUUGCAGCGCAUGUGGCCAAGAAGUUCAAUCUCACUCUGCAUGCCUUCCCAGAGGGCGAAGGAGAGACGCCCAGCUCUAUCACGCUCAAGGUUGCGUUCCACUCGACUCUUGAGCCGGCACCUGUUUCUCCCUUCACCUAUGAUGGCGAGACAAAUGCUUGGUCCAUCUUGUCGGGCACCACGCGCGCUCUCUAUGGAGAGGAUUUGAUCAUGGCACCGGCAUUGUCGACUGGCAACACAGAUACGAAGUAUUACUGGGACCUGACAAACAACAUCUACCGAUACGGCCCCGGUUAUGAUGAGGAGCAGGAUGCUGGCCUCGGUGGUAUUCACACCGUGGACGAGCGAGUCAGCAUGCGGGCACACGUCAAGGGCGUGCAGUGGUAUAGUAUGUUCGUGAGGAACAUGGACGAGGCUGACCUGUAA